AUGGAGGCCCAACUACGCGAGCUCGUCCCCUUCUUGAGAGACAAAAAUCCCCAGGCGCGCCAUCUUGCGCUAGAGAAUCUUCUUCCUCAGACGGCACAAGGAGCACCAUAUCGCGAUGCAAUCUUUCUCAAGGGCCUUGGAGGCGGAGGGCUGCAAAAGGCCAAAGAAACGGAUAUCAUCAGGGACUUGAAACUGUUAUGCCGUGAUCAGUUGAAUGUCGCGCACGAUGCAUUUAGGGCGCUGGUGAACCUGUCAGACUCGCCUGCUCUGGUUGGUCCCCUCUCAGAACCAACCUUCCUCAACUUCAUCGUCUCCUACAUCAUCAACCCUCACUCAAUAUGCGCCGACCUCGCUUCAAUGCUACUUUCGAACCUUACCGCCUCCUCCGUUCCCUGCAACGCCAUUAUCAACAUGAAAAUCUCCGUCAUUCCUUACAAAUCGCGCGAGGACGGCUCAAAUCUUGUCUAUCCCGUCGAUUCAAGGAGCGGGUCAUGUCCAACUCCCGUGCCGUAUCCUCCUGGAGAACCGAAGGAGGUUGCAGCGAUCCCGUUGCUUAUCGACGCAUUUGUCCAGGGUGCCACCAUGGGCGAGAUCAGCGAUCUCUCGAAAAGGAAGAGGAAAGGAGAGUUGAACUUUUUGGCGAGUGUGUUUGCGAAUUUGACUGUCUCUCCCGCUGGAAGAGUGCUGUUCUUGAAAGCGCAGCCGUUGCACAUCGUCAAGCCCGACGGAGAGCCUCAGCCCGAAAAAGAGGUUUUGGAGUAUCCGCUGGCCAAGAUAGUGCCUUUCACCGAACACAAAGACAGCAUUCGACGGAAGGGUGUUGCGUCGACAAUUAAAAAUUGCUGUUUCCUGGUGAAGGGUCACAAGGCCAUCCUCACACCUGAAACCGAGCAAGUCGCUGUCAAGCCUUCCAAAGUCUUGGCUGCUGGUGUCGAUGCCCUGCCUUACAUCCUCCUACCUCUCGCUGGACCCGAAGAAUUUGAUUUGGAUGAUCAAGAAAAACUUCUUCCGGCUCUUCAGUUCCUUCCACCCGAAAAGAAGCGGGAGAGUGAUGCUUUGAUCAGACUAACGCUUGUAGAAGCUCUGCUUCUCCUUUGUCACACGCGCUGGGGAAGGGACUACCAACGCGAACAUGGGGUGUAUGAAAUCGUUCGGGCUCUACAUCUGCAGGAGAAGGAUGAAAAGGUUGCAGAACACAUUGAGCGCCUCGUCGUACUUCUUAAAAGUGAAGAGCCCAAAGUCCAGACGGCCGAUGACGAAGAUGAGGAAGAAGAUGUGGAGAUGAAUCUGGAUCAGCCGGCCAAGAAGGAGGAGAGUGAUGAUGAGGACUUGAUUAUUGAAGAGAUUUAG